UUAGUAUUGAAAAGAAAGAAAAUGAGAACUUGAUAUUAGCAAAACAAAAACUUGAAUCAGAAUUUAAAGAAAUCGAUCAAUUUUUAAACGCAAAACGAGAGCAAAAAGAGAAUCUUUCUGCGAGUGUAAAUAAUUAUAAUGAAGAGUGUAAGAGACUUGAUGAAGUUGAAGAAGAAAAACAUAAAUAUAUGGCAAUGCUUGAACGUCAAUUACUAGAGGAUGAAAGAAAGCGAAGAAGCUAUCACGAUAAACUUCAAGAAUUAAAGGGCAAUAUUAGAGUAUUCUGUCGUGUUCGUCCUGCUUUAGAUACAAAAAAAGACGUGGCAUCUAUAAGAUAUUUUGGUGAAGAUAAUGAAAGUAUAGAACUUGUCGAAAAAAUGUCUUCUACGCUAGGAAAUGUAACAACCAAAACACAUACAUUUACCUUUGAUAGAGUAUUUUCUCCAGAAUCUACGCAAAAGGAAUGUUAUGAAGAAAUAGAACAGCUUGUCCAAUCUUCUCUAGAUGGUUUUCAUGUAUCUAUUUUUGCAUAUGGUCAAACUGGUAGUGGUAAAACCUAUACCAUGCAAGGUCCUUCUUUAUCAAAUGAAGAAACGACUGGUAUGAUUCCUCGUGCCGUAAGUCAAAUAUAUGAUGUUGCUCAAAAGCUAAAUCAAUUUGGCUGGAAAUAUACAAUGGAAGGACAAUUUUUAGAAAUAUAUAAUGAAGUGAUUCAUGAUUUACUUGGAGACACUUUUAAUUAUGGCAAAAUUAAACAUGAAAUUCAUCAUGAUAGUGGAACAGGCAAGACGUCAGUUACAAAUAUGACUCGUGUUCAACUUGAUUCUCCUGCCAAGUUGAAAAUGAUGCUUAAAAAAGCGACACAAAACCGUGCCACAGGUGCUACAAAUUUAAAUGAAAGAUCUUCUCGUAGUCAUAGUGUAUUUACCUUACGACUUAAUGGAUAUAAUGAAGUGACAGGUGAGACUACAGAGGGUGUCUUGAAUUUAAUUGAUUUAGCUGGUUCAGAAAGAUUAGCUGUUUCUGGAUCAGUGGGUGAUCGUCUUCGUGAAACUCAAGCGAUUAAUAAAAGUUUAAGUUGCCUUGGUGAUGUAAUCCAAGCUCUUGUGAACAAAAAGAAUGAUAAUGGAUUUGUACCCUAUCGAAAUUCAAAGCUAACCUAUUUACUUCAAAAUUCACUAGGAGGUAACUGUAAAACAUUAAUGUUUGUUAAUAUGUCUCCUUUAGUUGAACACUUUGGUGAAAGCCUUUGUUCUUUAAGAUUUGCACAAAAGGUCAACAAUUGUAGAGUACCUACUGCUAAGAAAAUAAACAGUAAAAACUAAGUCACAUACACACAUAUCUAUAUAACUACAAGCAAUCAUUAUCCUAUUUUAAAUCUAUGCACAUCAUUUUCAAAAAAAAAAGAAAAGAAUACUUAUUUAUAUCAUUUUAAUACUACAUUUAUAAGAUGAUAAAGACACAAUUACAAGAUAUGUAAUUUAUUAGUUAUAUGUGAAUAUAUUAAAAGACCCUUUUUUUUUUAAAUAUAAAUAUAUGCUUACUUGCAG